GAUGUGAAGUGGUAGGAGUUUAGUGGAUACAGAGAUUCUCUAAGCUAUAAACAAAGAUAAUAUACCUUUUCUUAUGUAAAGGGGAAUACACUUCAAUCUCCAACAGAUGCACACAUGUGCGCGUGUAUAAGGAAACCAUAUGGAAUGGCUGUGGGCUAGUUCUAAUGCAUGCAUGUGGUAAUAUGGUACCGAGUUGUUGAUUGCAGCAAAAUGCCGAAACCGCCAAAGGCAUAAUGAACCGUAGCCCGUUGUUGUAAGCCACCUUUCCUGUACUUGUCGUCGCGAUUUCUUCGGUUUUCUUAAUUGGCAAACGCAAUGAAGCCACCCAGCCGAACCAAUAGGUCCACCAAGUCUGCCGCUACCUAUUUCAGACGGAAAACGGACACAGCGGAUACGCAGACGCCAACUCCAGCUGCGUCAUCGAAGGGAGGAAUAUGGACUCGCAAAGAACUUCAACUGCUUUUAAGAGGGUUACGAAAGCAAAUGAAGGUGGCUAGUAGUGAUGACAUAGAUGUGGAAGAACUGCAGAAGCAUCAUGCACCUCAACGUUCAGUGCAGCAGAUUGAUUCAAUGCUGGGGACCUUAAAGCGAACUAUUUCGAAGAGAGCGUUCAACCAGGCGAGGUAUCAGGUGAUGAAGGAUCGCCACCACAGGGCUCCCAUCCAGGCUUGGGCCGAGCUGAUGGAGAGGAUGGCGGGAGGCCACGAGGAGGCCAUCUCAGCAGCAUUCUCAAGGAUGCUGGUAAUAGCUGGCACAGAACCCCGGAGUCUGCGCUGCUCGGCCCCUCCACGCCCCUUGGACAGCCCAUCAACAGCCCUCAGUACAGCACCUUCUCAAACACAACCUCCUUCAAAUCGCACAGUGUCUCGUCCUGACGUCAUCUCCAGACCUUCUCCAAGUUCUCAUGUCCCUACAGUGCCGAUGGUCCCAGUAUCCUCCUCAACAUUACCAGGUGCAACCCCUUUCCUCUCCACUGCACUACCACUUACCCAAAUGCAAAGAGUGAUUAUGCCCUUGCAAUCCGCUGUUACCCAGAAUUGUUCAGGAUCAAACCCUGCACCACCCCCUGAAUCACAGAAUCCCUCUCAUACAGCAACUGUGUCGAAUUUCACCACCGGGCCUCUUCCCACUUCUCAUGCCCCUACAGUGGUGAUGGUACCAGUUGCCUCCUCAACAUUACCAGGUGCAACCCCAUUACCGUCUACUGCACUACAGCUUACAUCUGCUAUACACACUGCACCUCCUCCCGAAGCACAACCUUCUUCUCAAGCAGCAGCUGUGUCAAAUGCCACCACUUCUGGGCCUGACAAAGGCACCGUCAUCUCCAGACCUCCAAGCUACCAGAUCCCUACAGUGGUAAUGGGCCCAGUAGCCUCAGGAGCAUUACCAGGUGCACCCCCACUCCUGUUCACUUUACCAAAGCUUACACCAGCCCCAGGAGUGAGUGUACCACCACAGUCAACUAGUACACAACCACCAUCUCUUCCUGGUACAAUAGCUGUGUCAAAUCCCAGCGUGUCUUGCCCUGACAAAGAUGGCCUCAUGUCUAGGCCUUCUCAGAGUUCAACAUUACCGGGUGCAAUCGCUUCCCUGCCUGCUGCACUACAGAUUCACCCAGUACCAGGUGGACUGCUUGUGCCUCCACAACUGGCUGGUACACACAGCGCUUCAGGACCUCCAAGUGCUACCUAUUCUUCAGUCCUACACAGCCAAGUUCUCAACCCUGGAAGCACUGCUGAGUAUGACACUGCUGAGUAUGACACGGGUAACACCGUUGACUUUGAAAGGAUUUAUUCAUAUCUCAGCGCAGUCUCCAAGGGCGUCAGUGACUGUGAGGGCCAACUCACAGCAAUGGAGUGUGCGGUGGUGUUGGAUCUCAUCAUGUGUCUGCCCGAAGAGCUCCCUCUGCUGGACUGUGAGGGUCUGCGCGAUCACUUUCUGGAAAUGUACUCACGACUCUACACUCCUGCACAAACGCAAAAAAACAAGCAAGCCACACCGCAGACUGACCCAGCCACAUCGGCAACUGGCCAAGAAGCACCGCAGACUGAACCAGCCACAUCGUCAACUGGCCAAGAAGCACCGCAGACUGAACCAGCCACAUCGGCAACUGGCCAAGCCGCACCACAGACUGACCAAAGUGCUAAACCAACAGAACCAUCAAGUGUUGGGACAGAAACGUCUCCUCCAGAACCGGAGGCCCCCAGAGUUAAAGAAACCUGGGAGAGUAUCGGUGUUUCGCCUCUUAAUCCUUUAAUGGUGCCACUCUCUCUGUUGGGACGAAAAGAGAAAGGUUCAUGAGAAAGUAGGCCUACUCAAUUUUGUGAGUUGUCGAGAAGCCAAUUGUUUUUGUGAGCAGCGGUAUUCUUGGUGUGUUGUAAAAUAAAAUUGUUCUGUUAGCCAUCAUGUACUUACGUGACGUUCUCUGUUGCAGAGUGAUUUUUAAAUAUAUAAAUAUGUGUCUAAGAUGGAAAAUGCACAAAGUAACUUUAAGUGAGGCAAUCCUCUAGACAAAAGGUUUUGCACUGUAGUGUAUUAGGAGCAAAUGUAAUCUUCAAUUGAGCCGUUAUAAUUGUAUAACUGUUACAAAACACACUAUUAUAAUGUGUUAUUAGUCAUUUCAACCAGCGUGUUUGAGUCUUUCCACUGUAAGGGUAGUUCAAACAACACUAGAUGGUUUCCAAAAGGAUUUUCAAGCACCAGCCACUGAAUGAAUAUUAUGCUUGAACAUCUCUAGACCACUCAAAGAAAACACACUUAGGUUAUAUCAUGGCAUUUCUUUAAUUGGGUUAAGUGGUCUGAAUGGAAGUCGUAACGUAUUUACAGAAUGGGUCACAUCCAUUUUGUUCUGGCUGCCUUCAGUUCAAGUCUGAAUAAUUGGAUCACCCGUACAGGGAGUCUUUGGAAUGACCUACCCCGAAGGUUGAGAGGAUAUUCAAAGGUUAACUGACACCACAGUUGCCUCUUAUGCCUCAGUAGAUACCAUAAUAUAUAAAAUGGGGCCUAGUAAACCUCUGCUGAGGGAGGAUGCUUUUGUUUGGAACUGAAUGGUCAUGACGAUGUAGUGAUUUAGUGAUUGCAAAUGUUUCCUUGUAGAUGAGAAUGCACUACUACAGUGCCGUGCGUAUGUUUUUGCCCUCUUACUGAUUUUUUAAAAACGUUUUUUGCACAUUUGGCACACUUAACAUUUUCAGAUCACCAAAUAUCAAAUUAAAAUAAUAUAUGAAUAUCUCAA